AUGGUCGUAUUGUAUAUGAAGGUCGUCAUUUUAGCGAGCUUCAUCGCCGCAAGCGUCCUCCCUGAUGCAUCCACUGAGAUCACCAUGAAUCAGCGAAUCCUCGAGCUCGAAGCAAAGACUGCGAAGUUAGAACGACUCCUUGAGAGCUACGGCUCUGCUCCACAUCGAGCCCUUGCUGAUGACCCUACUGUUGCCGGCCUCGCUGAUGCCACUGAUACUAUCUGGCUUAUCAUCUGUGGUGCCUUGGUGAUGCUCAUGCAAUUCGGCUUUGCUGCAUUGGAAGCUGGCUCCGUCAGGGCUGGCAAUGUCCAAAACAUCCUCCUCAAGAACCUGCUAGAUGUCUCGGUGGGCACAUUGUGCUGGUGGGCGUUGGGGUUCGGCAUCGCCUACGGUGUUGGUAAAGCCCAUGGCUUUUUCGGUAACGCUCUCUACGAAUAUAAAGAUGGUAGCAGUACGCCUUCGGCUGGUGAGUACGCUUUCAAGGAUUGGUUCUUCCAAUGGGCUUUCUGUGCUACCGCUGCCACUAUCGUCUCGGGUGGUGUGGCAGAGAGGGUGCGUUCGAGCAGUUAUUUCGUUUAUUCUGCUAUGAUGAGCGCUUUUAUCUACCCUGCGGUGGUUCAGUUCACUUGGAGUGGUGAUGGUUGGCUUUCCACAACUUUCGAUUCGGCUUACUACGAUUUCGCUGGUAGCGGUAUUGUCCAUCUUACCGGAGGUGUAGGGGCCUUGACUGGGGCGCUCAUUCUUGGUCCUCGCCAUGGCCGCUUCAAGGUGGACUAUGAUCAGAGCGAGUUCGAUCCCCACUCCGUCCCUUUGAUUGUCCUUGGUACUUUUGUUCUGUGGUUCGGAUGGUUUGGCUUCAACGCUGGUUCCACUUUGUCCAUGCAUUCAAGUGAGAGCGCCUGGUUGGGUUCACUGGCGGCUGUCAAUACUGCUCUGGCUGCAGCCGCUGGAGGUUUCGUCACCUUCCUCAUACGCUUCCUAUUCGUCAAGAAGUACGAUGUGGUGGGUGUCUGUAAUGGGAUGCUGGCUGGUUUGGUGUCAAUCACUGCUGGCUGUGCUAACGUUGUCCCGGGCAGUGCCAUUGCUAUAGCUACCAUCGGAGCGGUAGUCUACCAGUUCGCAUCUUGGAGCAUCCAGAAAUUGAAGAUUGACGAUCCACUCGACGCCUUUGCAGUGCAUGGGGCCUGUGGUAUUUGGGGCGUUCUCGCAGCUCCACUGUGGGAUUACGAACAAGGUUUCGACGUGUUCAGUGCAUCGCCCAACGUCUCGGUCGGCUACCAGUUCGGUAUCCAGCUCUUGGGUGUUGUCGUGAUUGUGGCCUUUGUCGGCGCAAGCAGUGCCGUUAUAUUCGGCUUCAUGCGUCUCUUCAAGAUCUUCCGUGUUAAAGAACAUCAUGAAGUGGCCGGUGUGGAUGUCUCCAAGCAUUAUCACUCUCAAGCUUACAGACUCUCUGGGAGGUCGAAGGAGUCAAUGGUCACUGCUGGCUCUGCCCUUGAUGGCAGUGACCUUCCAUCCGACAGCUGUUGA